UUAAAUGUCUUAUCUACUUUAGUAGUCUUUACAAAUGCAACAGGCUAUUGAAGUAUUACAGUUGGACUUCCGCAUGAAGAUCAUAUCUGAUUAUAAAGUGGUUGAUGAAUACAUGCCUAUUGUACAUAUUGACCUUGAGAUAAAACGCGUUAAAUUACAGCAGGUAGCAUGUUUCAACACAAAUAGCGAUUUUCUGAAAACGACAUUUGCGUAGAUUAGAAAGGAAUUAUAUCAUGUAAAUUUUACUAAAUAGCGAGUGUUUUAAAGGUUUGUUUAGGAAGUAAAGAAAAGAAAUUAUUGUAGACAUGAUUACCGAGGAAGACGAAUAUUUUCUAAGAGCCUCCCUUUUGCUACUGAAAGGAGGGCGUUUGAUGUCAAAAGAAACUCUGUACAAAGAACUGCGAAAGGCCGGGGGAAAUCUUGAUGUACUUCUAAAACAACACGAAAGAAAAUUCAAGCACAAAUUUGUAAAGAAACAGAGGGAGAAAUUGUUUCCAGGAGCUGGAGUAACCGACGUAGAAACAUGGGAUUUAGCAAUGCUUACAACGGUGACUCUGAAAGUUUUUAAACAGUCACUUAACGACGAUGAGAAAAAUGACUUAGAAACUAUAAAGUGUAUGAGGGAUGAGAUUUACGCCCAUACUUAUUCUUCGUCGUUAAGUGCCGAUCAAUACGGUGACAUCCAGAAGGAAUUACAAAACGCUCUUACUUCACUGUCAAAUGGGUUAAGCGAAAAGCUGAAAGACGACUGUUUUAAGAUAAUUCAGGAGUGCACAACUGGUCCUAUCAGUCCAUCAACAAAAGCAGAACUUACGAAACAGAUAUCAGAAGAUAAUGAACGCUCGUUUCAAAAGGAUGUAAUGAACAAAUUGACAGACCAGAGCGAAUAUCUUAGCCAAAUGCGAAUUGAACUAUUGCAAGAAAUAAAGGGACUGAAACCAGAAGAUCGAAGCACAAAACGGAUAAGAGUGAUAGAUUCUGAGCUUACGUUGAGCGGAGCUGUAAAUGAAGAAGAGGACUUAGACUUUGUUGACAGUAUAGUCACAAAGGUUAUAAAUAAAGCAAUAAAACAUGUGGGAGAGACAGACUACCCUAAAAUUCGUAAGGCUGUUGAUAAGAUUCUUAGAGACGUUGAAAGCAUGCCUGAUGUGGAACUUGUAGAGGCGGAUCACAAAUGCAUAAUUCUGAAAUUUAUAUGCACAACUUAUGCCGGUGUAUUAAAUAUACUCAUGUAUUUGGAGAGCGAAAGCUUCCUUGAUUCUCUCAACGACCUUGCUCAGGCACUGAAUACCAUUCAGUGUAGGGCGAUCGGGCCAUUUAAACUAGAUGCAACAGUUACACCGAAAUGCAUGAAGGAUCUUCUAGAUGAAUUGAGAGCUGAAACUGUGGAAACAACAAUUUAUAAACGAACCAUUCGAAUGCCGAUUCGGGUUAAAUCAGUACAAGGAAUUGAACACAUAUGGUCGCUGUUUGAGAAUGGUGGUGCUACAAAUGGUCUGAACGAAUUAUCAGAAGCAGUACUCGAAGAGUUACAUACAAAAGUAACAAUUACACCUUCUCUAAAUUUAGAGCAGGUAAAGGCAGCCAUAAAAGAAGAAGGUAUAUGUAGAUUCUAA